AUGGCCUCUCGUCAAGCGGCUUAUACAUCGCUCCACACCGUGGAGGAUGUCAAGAAAAGAGUUGAAAGCACCAGAGAUGCUCGAUUUCAAGUUGAUUGCGCAUCCAACACAAGUAGUCUGGUCAACAUGAUUCCACCUGCUGUCAAUGGGGGCGUCAAACGCAAGCGCGAGGAACUUGAAGAUGAAAGCGGGGGUUCGGAGUUGGUGCGCUACGCUCCUCGGCCACGCACGGGUCAACAUGGCUGGGGCUCGUGGCGUCCUUCAAGGUUCUGGAGCUGUCGCGAGCGCACUGAGCCGCCGCAGCGCCACCCGCGGUUCUUUGGUGAGAAGAACAUCGUGAUCCGUGUCGGGUCCAUGGUGUACGAAGUACCCCAACACAUACUCGCUCCUGAUUACGAAACAACGACUUUUUCGCGGCGAUUGAAUGAACCAGCGACGGAGGAUAGCCCGCUUGUACUGAGUCCCGAAGACGCCUGCGGGCUGGACGCAUUUCUGGAAUUGGAGUAUGACAAACGCAAAUGCGAUAACAAGCGAACCCCUGCGGAUCUCGAGACAUUCAUGCAAGCAUACAAAUUCGCCCACGCCCACCAAAUCCAGAACAGGCCCGCCGACGCUCUCCCACACGACCAGUUCCCGCCACAGCUUUGCGUCAAACUACUCCGCUUCCUUCAAGGUAUCCAGCUCUUCAACGAAUUUGGCGUUCAGAAACAACUCGAGCGCCGCCUCGAGGCAACACUAGUCGACUACGUGGCAGACGAUACCAUUCUGCUGCCUCAGGCAGUUGAAAUAGCCGAGUCCAAUGGCUUUCGGCGGCUGCUGGGGGAGGUCUACUAUGUCACCCUCUGCAAGCUCACCAAGACCCAGCCCGCGGAUACGAUCUUAACACCCAUAAGAUUCAACACCAACGGUCUAGACGCCAUUGACGAGCGCAGGCUACGCAAUGGCCACUUCUCGCUGACUGCUUGUGGUCAGCGCGUGGCGCAAGAGUUGCGCGAGCAUAGCUGCCCGCCGCGUUAUGCCAAUGCCCCGGUCGCACGGUGCCGCUGUCUUUUGGGCGGCCAAGAGUGGCUGGCCGCGUUGCUCAGCUCCGGCCCGGACCUCCGUGCUUUCCUCGAUUGGGCGGAGAGGAACGGCGCCAACGCGCCGCGGGAGUGCGUAGAAAUGUUGACGAAGUUGCGCGAGGAGCUGGAUUGCACACUGACCGACCACUUUAUCGUGUCGUAG